UUUCUCUUUCAUGAUGAGGUAUAAACAAAUAUCAAGAUGGCGGAAAAUUUAUAUCUAAUGAAGUUCGAAGUAUGUAGUAAAAAUUGCACUAAUUAUAAAGCUUAGUUCGACUCUGAUAGUGGGCUAUGUUAUGUGAAUCUCGACGAGCCAUCUAUAAUUCAAAAUUUCCAUCCGAAGAUAAUGUAAAAUAUAUCUCCCGAGCUGAUGUUAAAACAACCCGAAAAUGACACCUCGACGUUGAACAACGUUCAGUUAACUUACGAGCAGCUGAGUGAUCCAACGGCCCCCAAAGUAUCGAACAGCACGCCUAGUAAUAAACUAGUUGCUGAGCAAGGUUUACCUUCGCUCAGCAAUCUGAACGAGAAAAGCGAAUUGCUGAAUUUGAAUUGCUCGCCGUUCUACUAUAACAUGAAUAGCUUCAAAAACAUGUUUCUAAUCACCGAAGAUACGCGUCAUUUCCUCGCACCGCAUCUGGGUUUGACGAAUCCGGAUAGCGAGUAUUUUCAAAGGAAGCAUACCCAGACGACUAGUACGUUGACUAUGAACACGACCAGUAUAAAUAACAGCACUCCGGCGAACGUGAACAACGCUGAAAGUAACAAUUCCAUUAGCACCGCGACCGCUCAGCUGAUACAGAAUAAUACCGCUCCUAAUAUAAGUCCGGCCAAUAAUAAGGUUAAUAUAUCUCAUACGCCUAAAGCUAGACCUCACACGUGUGAAGAAUGUGGUAAAGCUUUCAUGCUGAAACAUCACCUUUUAACUCACAUGCGAGUUCAUACCGGAGAACGGCCUCAUAUUUGCCCCGAAUGUGGGAAAACUUUCGCCUUGAAACAUUGCCUGAGUACUCAUUUAUUAUUGCAUACUGCCGAGCGACCGUACAAAUGUAUGGAAUGUAGUAAAACAUUUACAUUGAAACAUCAUCUGGUGAGUCAUGAACGUGUCCAUACAAGAGAUAGGCCUUUCGAAUGCCCAGAAUGCGGUAGAAGGUUCCCUCAAAAACGACACCUAACCACACAUUUGAAAUUUCAUUCUGGCGAAAGACCAUAUUCGUGUCAAAUAUGCGGAGAGAACUUCUCCAGAGAAGAGCACCUAGUGAUGCAUUCCCGUUUCCACGGUGGUCAAAGGCCUUACCAGUGUUCAGAUUGUCCGGCCGGAUUUCUACGUAAAUUCGAACUGGUUAACCACGAAAGACAGCAUGGUCGUAAUCCCGAAUCGUGUUCCACUUGCGGUAAAGAAUUCUUACAGAAGCGUACUCUCCUCAUGCACGCUAGAACUUGCGGUCUACGUAACGUUGUCAAAACUUCCACAUCUCCAACUCAGCAAUUUGAUAACAACGCGACGCAUUUGAAUAAAACUUGUCGGCAAUGCGGCGAAUCAUUCACAACACCGGAAUGUCUAGCGUUACACCACCGGAUCCACAUCGGCGAUCAUAGUUUCCUCACUGAUAUCUGUAGUCUGGCAGCUACUUUAAAGCAAGCGGUACCUAUCGGCGCUUUGAAUCCGCCGGUUCCGGUAUCGAAGAAAAUCCACGAAUGUAGCGAUUGCGGGCGUAGUUUCACCCAGAAGCACGGUCUGUACCAGCAUCGAGCUCGACAUCCAAACGCUUCUUGUAAAUUGAAACCGUACGCUUGCGAAAAAUGUGGCAAAUCGUUUUCGCAAAAGAACCAUCUGUCUUUGCACGAACGCCAGCACAUGAAUCCUCCACCGAGCCAGUUACGUCGCCAACAAAUGCAAGUUCGACAGCAGCAACAACAACAAGCAGCUCAACAGCAACAACAACAACAGCAACAGCAGCAACAACAACAACAGCAGCAACAGCAACAAGCUCCCCAGCAGCAGCUCCAAGCGCCCCCUCAGCCACCCCAGCCGCCAACCAAUCAACCGGCUAUAAAUCAUAUAGGCACGAUUACAGUAUACGACGUUUCAGAUUUGAAACCGGAUCCGAGUUCGAUUCUGAAUCAGCAGCCUCCCCCGCAGACCGUUACGGCCAGCGAGACCCAACCGGAGCUAUUGAGGCAUUUGCAUUUGGGUAGUCAAGAAAUACAGCAGUCGACUCGUAUCAUGCAGCAUAUGCAACAACAGACCCAGCCCACCACUCAGAUCGUUAACAAUAUGCAUAAAAUAGAUCGAUUCUAGUAUGAAACUAGCUAAAUUUUGUAUUGGAAUUAACCGCGAAUCGUGCCAGCAGAUAGAUCGAAUCGCUUCGAGUUCGAGCGAAGAUCCUGCGAACCACGUAAAACAAAAAAAUAUAAUUGAGAAAUGCAUGUUCGGAAGUGCAUACCGCUUCUUCCUAAAUAAAUUAUUUAUAUAAGUAUUCAAACGUGCCAACUUGCCAAGUGAUAAUGUGUGAGUGUAAACUUACUACCUCUCGUGAGAGCGUUACGUAUUUAAUUAUUGUAUGUAUAAUUAUUUAAACGAAUGAAAAUGAAAAUGGAAAAAAAAAAGGAGUAACAACACAACUUAAUAGUGAAUUUCAAGUGUAUUUACGGUUCGUUAUGAUUAAGGUUAUUUAUUUUUUUUCUCUUUUUUUCGUGUAAAUAGGUCUACAAUAUUUUUGUAUACCGAGUAGUUCUGUCGAAGGUUUAAAAACAAAACAAAAAAACAAAAAAUUUGAAUCACAAAUCGCGCGCUUGCUGAUGUCAUUUUUGUGUACAUUUUAUACGUUUUUUGGACGAUUUAUUUUUACAUUUAUUUUUCUUGUUAGUGUACAGUUUUAUAUGAAAGAAUUUAAUUUAAAAUAAUUACGUACAUAUUUUAGUGCAAUGUUUCUAAGCGAAUCCUGUAUUUUGAAUACAUUUUUUUUUCUUUGUUUUUUA